AUGGAGUCUGCGGGCUCUGCAUCUCUUAGCACGCCGCCUAACUCCGCUCUAUCAAACGGCCAUGCAGCUGCCUGUGACAGCGGCAAAACCCUCACCUCCGCACUUCCCACCGAGGAUGAGCAGCAGGUAGUCCCGCCGUACUGGCGGAGGCAUUCACACCAGCGGAGUGAUUCCACUUUCAGCGCUACGCUGGACAACCACCGCCCCACGCCAAUCCGCCUUGAGGACCAUACCGAGGACGACUCUGAGCAGAGCAAGGUGUUAUGGGCGAAGCAUGUAACCAUUGACCAUUACGUGAUCGUGAGCGGGAGUGCCCCCGGCGUGGGAGCUUACGUUGUCUGGAACUGUACAGUAGAGACGAUUAAUGGAGGUCGAAUGAAGAUUAGGAAACGAUAUUCAGAGUUCGACGAUUUACGGCGAGAUCUCAUAAGGACAUUUCCGUAUGCCGAAGGCUCACUGCCUGAGCUGCCGCGCAAAAGCGUCAUCUCCAAAUUUCGUCCAAGGUUCCUCGAGAGGAGGAAAGCUGGUCUUUCCUAUUUCCUAAACUGCGUACUGUUGAACCCUGAAUUCUCCAGCUCACCGGUCCUCAAAGAGUUCUUGUUUUCCUAA